GAAGCGGCCGGUGUUCGCGCUCCUUCCUAGUGGGGGCCUCCCGCGGAGCAUUGCUCUUGCUUCUCCGCAGCUGUUCUUCCACGUUGUCUCCUAUCGCGGGGCUUUGCUUCGGAAAGUUCUGCGGCCUCUUCUUCGGCGUUUCGUCCGUUUAUUUUUUUGUUUUAUUUCUAUGCUUGAGUGGUGUUUCAAAAUUGUCCAGAAGAGCCGUGUAUGUAAUUCUAUCGCUCGAUCACAGUCCUUCCAACCGUUCACCCCGAACAGUAGCAAACCGUCCACGUGCUUGAUCGAAUGCCGCGACAUCAAGUGAGGUCCUGACACGGUGUGCGUGUAGCCGAGCUGUCUUUGUUGCUUCUCGCGCUUUGGCGGCGCUGCAUUGUGAGCUGCGUGCCCCCGAUUCGCUCGAUCAUUUAUCGAAUUCUUUUUAAUUUUUUUUACCCUUAUUGUGAAGCUCUGAGAACGUUGCUGCAGGCUAAACGAGAAACGUGCGCUGUCGUCGAGAAUUCGCCGAUUGGAGUCAUCUGUACCGUGUGCUACUGUGCGUUGUUAUUAGAUGCCGACAUCAACAGAUAGAGCAGAAUUCUGUGGUCAACAUCGACGAAAUCGGUUUUGAUGGAUGCCUAAGAGUGUGAAGAUCAAGCACUUGCAGUAUAGGUUCACUGAGCCUGUGAGAGUGCGUUUCUGCGCAAAGCGUGUUGCUUUUGUGGGAUCUACCUUGCCCGGACGUACAAAGGCCGAAGCUGUCGUGACCUCUGUUCAUGCAAGAAUGCCCCCGACGUCACGUGGCACCUGCUGGUGCCUCUCCUGGAAAUGUACCAUGAGAGCGACCGUCUUUUUACAGCUCAGUGCGAUGCUGUGCUCGUCCGCUGCUACGAUUGGCAAAGCCACCAAGCACACCUGUCCCGAGGGCCACUUUCCUUGCAGUGAAGCGAGGAGGCACUGCGUACGACGAGAGUUCAUAUGCGACGGACAGCGGGAUUGCCCGGAGGGCUCCGACGAAAAAGCAUGCGGGGACGAGAACCUGAAGAAGUUCAUCGAAGACUACUUCCAGAAACGGCCUGAUGAGGACCGUGAAAAAAAGUCUGGAAAAUGCGAUUGGAUCUAUCCUGGAUGCCGCUGCUCCAAAAACAACAGCUUCUUUUGCGAGAACACCGGGCUGCGGGCCCUACCACCAACCAUUCCUCAAAACGUCAUAAACCUGGACAUCUCUGGGAACCAUUUCUCCAAGCUACAGAAGAGUGACUUCCCGCUGAUGCCUCAACUAACCAUACUUGUGCUGUCUUCAUCUGAGGUCAUCAACUUGGAUGAAGACGUCUUUGGGAACCUUCCCAUGCUUAAAAAUGUGUAUCUCCGAGAUAACCGGAUUCGACAAAUCGCGGCUGACACCUUCGUGAGCAGCAAGAACCUGCGACACUUGUACUUGUCACACAACCCCAUCGAGUUUAUCGCUGCGAGGGCCUUCCACGGUCUUACGGCGCUGGAAACACUAGACCUCAGGAGCUGCUCGCUGACAGACGUACAAGAAGACUUGUUCGUUCAUCCGAAGAACCUCACUCAUCUUUGGCUCGAUGGCAACGAUAUUGAGUCCGUUCAACCACGUGCCUUCUCACAUCUGAGUCGUCUCCAGGUUCUGUCUCUGACAAGGAACAAGCUUGUCCGCCUCUCAGCGCACGACUUCACGGGUCUUGUCUCUCUCCGAACACUGAACCUGGCUUACAACAAGCUGUCCGACGUGACGGGAGCAUUUACUGUCUUGGGAAGCCUGCGGACACUAGACCUGGAGGGCAACAGACUCGACCUUAUCCCUGACGACACAUUCUGGCCUCUUAGAAGCAUCGAAUCACUCAAUCUGAGAAAGAAUGUGUUCCUAACUGCCUCUUCAGAUCUAUUCGCUCCUCUUCGCAACAUCACUCACAUCUACUUCAGCGACUUCAGCCUGUGCUCGUCCGCACUGCACGUUCGCGUUUGCGAACCACGCGGAGAUGGUAUAAGUAGCCUGGCUCACCUCCUGGACAGCGUGGUUCUGCGCGUGGCCGUGUGGGUGGUGGCGCUGGUUGCCUGCCUCGGAAACCUGCUCGUGCUCGUUGGGAGGCUAGUGCUGCGCGAGCCCAACGCGGUGCACUCCUUUUACAUCAAGAACCUGGCACUGGCCGACCUCAUCAUGGGCGUAUACCUUUUCGUCAUUGCCUCGCACGACGUGGCGUUCCGAGGAGAGUACAUCCGAUACGACUACCGCUGGCGACGCUCCGUCGGCUGCAGCGUCUCUGGGUUCCUGUCGACGGUCAGCAGCGAGGCGUCGGUGUUCACCCUGACGGUGAUCACGGUCGAUCGGUUUGCGUCUAUCGUGUACCCGCUCUCUCUGAAACGUCGCACAUUUCGGUUCGCGUGGAUGUGUAUGCUCUGCGUAUGGCUGAUGACCCUGUUGCUCGCCGCCGUGCCCAUGAUGCGACCCGACUACUACGGAGAAGAGUUUUACGGAAGCAACGGCGUGUGCCUGCCUCUCCACAUUCACGACCCCGACUCCAAGGGCUGGGAGUACUCGGCGUUCGUGUUCUGCAUCGUAAACAGCGUGGCGUUCGCCUUCAUCGCCUACGCCUACCUCACCAUGUUCGUCGCAAUCACGCAUUCCAAGGUGGGCCUACGCUCCACGCAGCAGCUGCAGGAUCGAGCCAUCGCCAAGCGAUUCGCCUUCAUCGUGGGCACCGACUUUCUGUGCUGGAUGCCAAUCGUGUUCAUCAAGAUCAUCGCUAUAGCCGGAACAAAGAUCGACGAGACGCUGUACGCUUGGGUCGCAGUGUUUCUGUUGCCUGUGAACUCGGCGCUCAACCCCGUCUUGUACACACUCACCACGCGAAUGUUCAAGCAGCAGCUGAACCGGUUCCUGGAGAACUUGCGCCAGUGUGAGCGGGUACCUUCGUACCGACAGUCCGGCCAGUCGGGCCAGUCGGGCCAGUCGUGGUCGUCCAUUCCCACGGUGCGGGGCCAAAAGAAGACGAUCGUGACUUCACUUUCCGAAUACACCUUCGGGAAGAAAAAAACCUCGAGCGUGGUGUGCUAUCCGCUGAAAAAUGGCGUGAUAUUGCCGCUACGGGCCACCCAAUCAUGCACGGAAAAGGUGUGCGAGCCCAUGCUGGAAGAGAUGAAGACUUUUUCUACUGGCUACGGGCAGGCAGGUGCUAUUGGCGCGCGCAGAACAAACUCCAGUGGCAAGUCGACGACGCCACUGCUGUCGACGACAUCGGCAUCUGGGAAGUCAAAGUGGAAGAGACGUCAGCACACGAGACUCCGAGUCGAAGAUUCGUUAUAACCGCCGCUGUGGAUGUGUAACUGCC